CAGCCCGCUUGCAUUCUUGAACGUCACUUCCCUUUUGGCUCAGGGAGAAAAUCUUCGAGCAUGGCGACCGUGCUGUCUGGCGCAGCAGUGGCAAAGCCCUUCAUCGCCGAUCUCAAAGCGGCCACCGCGGGCUACGCGAGUACGGGCAAACGCGCUCCCAAGCUGAUCGGCAUCCUCGCCAAUGGCUCUGCUCCCUCAGAGUCUUAUGCUUCUUGGACGCGAAAAGCAUGCGAAGACGUCGGCAUCGAGUUUGAGCUCCGUCGAUACGCAGAAGCUCUGCCUGGCUACGAUCCUGAAGAAGACGGGCUAGGGAUGUACGAAGUAGAGAGGGGUAUCAUAGAAGCCAACGCAGACGAUACAGUGGAUGGUAUCAUGGUCUACUAUCCCUGUUUCGGUACACAGCAUGAUCAGUACCUUCAGCAAGUCGUCUCGCCCAGCAAAGACGUAGAGGGUCUCAAUUUCUUGUUCCGCUUCAACCUGUAUCACAACCAGCGCCAAGUCAACCCAAAGAGCCUGACUGCCAAUCAUUUUGCCAGCCUUGCUUCGACGUCUCGGAUACCUUACUCUGACGGUGCGAAAAGGGAGCAACAACGAGUGAAGAGCAUUUUGCCAUGCACUCCCCUGGCUAUCGUCAAGAUCCUCGAGCAUAUCAAGGUCUACAGGGAGGCGCCUUUUGGCGAGCAAGCAGCAGGCAAAACGAUCACAGUCAUCAACAGAAGUGAAGUCGUCGGACGACCGUUGGCAGCUUUGCUGUCGAAUGACGGCGCUCGUGUCUUCUCGGUCGACUUGGACGGCGUACAAGAGUUCAACAGGCGUCGCAAAUCGAAAGAUCAAGCCAAUGGGACCCAUCCUCAUCACAACGUGACAAAAUCCAAGCACACGCUCGAGGAAUGUCUCGCUCUGUCCGAUGUCGUCGUUUCGGGUGUACCGGGAGACAAGUACCGCGUGCCGCUCGAGCACUUACGAUCAGGCGUGGUCGCCAUCAACUUCUCGGAUGGCAAGAACUUUGGAGACGGCGAGGGAGUCAAGCAAAGGGCCAGCAUCUUCGUGCCCAACAUCGGCAAGGCGACCAUCGUGAUGCUGCAGAGGAACCUGCUCAGACUGCGCUCGUACGCUGCCCUAGAAUAGCUCUAGACCUUGCAUGCUUCUUUGAUCGAGACGCGCCCCUUUGAAUUUGACUUGACCGCGCGGCCAGUGAGUGACCCAGCUGGAGAGUCCACUGGAUCGCUCGCGAGAUUCACCGGGCAGAUACCCGCGCAAGCGUAUGGCAUGAUCGCCGCACACUCGACUGCUGUGCGUCGAGCAGAGCAGCGACUUCUUCGGCAUGACGAUUGCGCACAUCAGUCUAUAAGACGAGUUCCAAUCUGUCUCUGUCCAGUUCUGAG